GGAAGGGGGAGGGGAAGAGGGGGGUGGAAACUGACGAGGCAGGCAGGCAGGCAGGCAGGCGGACCACGCUAGACCAUGCGAGCUCUGGCGACUGCUACAUUUCUAAUCCCCGAAUCGCACGACGCUAGAUUGAUGCUGCCUAUUAGCCCUUCCGUGGAAAAAGUUCUCACCGGCCGGGCUUGGACUCAGGGUCCUUUGUGACAAUAUGGCCGCAGGAGGGACGGGUAAAGGAGAUGGCGACGGAAAAGGACGCUUGAGUGAAAAGGACGAGUGUCAGAUUCAGCAUGGAAGCGGCCACUGCAAGUGGUUCAACGUUAGAAUGGGAUUCGGAUUUAUCUCCAUGGUAUCCCGCGAUGGAAACCCCUUGGACACACCAGUCGAUGUUUUUGUACACCAAAGCAAACUUUACAUGGAGGGAUUCAGGAGUUUGAAAGAAGGAGAGCCUGUGGAAUUCACCUUCAAAAAAUCGUGCAAGGGGCUGGAAUCAAUACGGGUCACGGGCCCCGGAGGAUCACCGUGCUCGGGCAGCGAGAGGCGGCCGAAAGGGAAGACAGUGCAAAAGCGAAAGCCAAAGGGAGACCGGUGUUACAACUGCGGAGGCCUCGACCACCACGCGAAGGAAUGUAGUCUACCUCCUCAGCCAAAGAAGUGCCAUUACUGCCAGAGCAUCACGCACAUGGUGGCCAACUGUCCCCUCAAAACUCUCCCCCCCCAGCCCCUCGCCCCUCCUCAGGGAAAGCACGAAGCCGAUCCUCAGCCUUCCACCUCCACCCCCUCCUCUCACCACGCCGCCCUGCCCAGGGGGGAAUCAGCGGGGACACAAGGCCCCCCGGCCCCGUCUCGCCCGCAGGAGGAGAAGGCCGAGUCGGAAAACUCCACCAAGUCAUCCCACGAGGCCACAGCUUGUCCCGAAGAACCCACCAGGAAAGGGUCCGCUGUUCAGAAACGGAAAAAAACAGAGAGCAAGUGACCUCCGUUGAAUUUUUUUUUGUUAAACACACACACACACAC